GCUUUUCUCUUUUAUCCCUUAUCGUCAGGAGAUAAUGUCGUAUCAUUGCAGUUUAUCCAAUCCAUGGAUAGACAAUGAUUUUGUGCCGUGUUUUAGAGAAACCGUUCUUGACGGUGCAGUUUUAAUUGCGGUAUUGGCAUGGUCUGUUGCUAUUAUUGCAAAAGCCACUAUCAAAUAUUACAAGUCAUAUUCUACAGGCUACACACCACUGUUGAGUAAAUUGCCUACGAACUCCAACAACUAUUAUGGCACUGUUAACCAUCAUGAUAAUGAUGAUGAUACAGCCUCAGACGACACCGUGGCUGUGAUGGAUAUUGAAAUUAAGACAUCUCGCUGGACUAUUUAUAACUGCUCCCGAACUGUUUUAUCUCUUAUUCAAUUGUGUUUAUUUGUAUCUGCUAUCAAGCAAGUCUUGGAUCAAAAAUACCAUUUCUCGGCAAAUGAAGGUAAUUUACAUGGCCUCUUGUUUUCUUUUGGCACUCGUACAGGUCUUUGGUUAUUUGCCCUUAUCUUAUCUCUUGUCAACAUGUACUUGUCAAGUAGCUUUAGCAAAUUGGCUAAUAAGAUUUGCAAUCAAUUGAAUUGGCUCUAUCUUGUGGAUUUUCUCGUUAUUUUGAUCGACAUGAGAUCUUACUACAAUUUGGGCACAAAUGCCGGAGACGGUUAUUCCUUAUUCCUUAAAUCUGGCGCUAUUGAUCUCUUGCUAAUCAUUAUUAUUGCGAACGAAAGUCGUCUCACACCUACGGAACCCAUUGUCACUGAAAACGGUCGUACCUUAUCAGGUGAAAAUUGGGCCUCACUCUACUCUAAAUUCAUGUUUAGCUGGGUCAAUGUGAUGAUGAAAGAAGGUUAUCGUCGUACAUUGGAUGACAAGGAUCUUGUUGAAUUACCUGCCAAUAAUAGAGCCAAGACUACUCUUAUCAAUUACAACAGCCACAAAUCGUCCCCAAGCAUUGUCUGGACAUUGGCAAAGACUUUCCGAUGGGAAUUGUUCUAUCAAACCUUGUAUUGUCUUGGCUGGUCAGUACUCAUUUUUGGUCCUCCUUUCUUUUUGAAUUUGAUCAUCAAGUUCAUUGAGAAUCCUAAAGGCGAACCUGUUACAACAGCAUUCCUUUAUGUUGUUGGUUUGCUUGUCACUAACGGUGCACAAUCCUUACUAUUACAACAAGGUCUUUAUAUUGGUCGUACUUUGGGUAUUCGUAUUCAGUCGAUUGUUAUUGGUGAAGUAUUUUCCAAGUCUCUCAGACGCCGUGAUGAUAGUGGAUUCAGUAAUGUAGAAGAAGAGAAGGAUGAAAAGAAAAAGGAUGCCAAGGGCAAUGUCAACAACUUGUUAUCUGUGGAUGCUCAAAAAGUAGCUGAAAUUGCUGCUUAUAUCUUUUACUUGUACUGUUACCCUCUUCAGAUUAUAUUCAGUAUCUGGAGUUUAUACAAGCUUUUGGGCAAUGCUGCUCUCUGGGGUGUGCUUGUGAUGCUCUGCUGUCAACCCGUCACAUACUUGCUCAGUUCUCGUUUCGAAUCUUCUCAUUCUUCGGUCAUGUCUGCUACAGAUAAGCGUCUCAAGUUGAUGAACGAAUUAUUGUCUGCUAUUCGUAUUGUCAAGUUCUUCGCCUGGGAAAACGAAUUUAAGAAGCGUAUUAUCGAUGCUAGAGAAAAGGAACUGGGUGCUAUUCGCUCUCGUUUAAUGAUGUUUAUGUGGAUGAUUUGUGCUUGGUUCUUAAUUCCUAUCUUGAUUAUGGUUACUGUAUUCUAUGUCUACACCAUAAAUAACACAUUGACUGCUUCGGUUGCAUUUACUGCUUUGGCUUUGUUCAACACAUUCCGUGCUGCUCUUGAUGAAUUCCCUCUUUUGAUCACACUUGUACUUCAAGCUAAUGUCUCUGUCAAGCGUGUUGAAAAAUUCUUGGCUGAAGACGAAGUUGAAUUGCCUGUACAAACAAGCACUGUCAACAACAACAACAAUGUCAUUAUUGGCUUUACUGAUAAUGCUACAUUCAGUUGGGAUCAUAACAAGGAUGGAAACAACAAGCCUUCUAUCAAGAACCUUAAUUUGAGCUUCCCUGUUGGCAAGUUAUCCAUUGUCUGUGGUCCUACUGGAUCUGGUAAGACAACACUGAUCUCUAGUUUAUUGGGUGAAACUUUCUGUUUGUCUGGUAAGGCUAUUUUGCCCCGUAUUAUUCCCAACAAGGCAAGUCCCCUUGGUGGUGCUGUUUCUGGUAUAGCUUAUGUUGCUCAAACUGCUUGGUUGCAAAACUGUAGUAUUCGUGACAAUAUCUUGUUUGGCUUACCCUUUGACCAAGAACGCUAUGAGAAAGUAUUGUACAUGACUGCCUUGACUCGUGAUCUGGAAAUUUUGGAGUUUGGUGAUGAUACGGAAGUAGGUGAGAAAGGUGUCACUUUAAGUGGUGGUCAGAAGCAACGUGUGGCUAUUGCUCGUGCCGUUUACUCCCAAGCAACCACAGUGAUUUUAGACGACUGUCUUAGUGCUGUAGAUGCUCAUACUGCAAAGCACUUGUAUGAACAUUGUUUGACAGGCGAAUAUAUGAGACACCGUACUGUUAUUCUUGUUACUCAUCAAGUGGGCCUUUGUCUUAAUGGUAGUUCCUAUGUAGUUGCACUCAAGGAUGGUGAAGUGGCUGGUGCUGGUUCACCUAAGGAUAUGGCAGAAGAAGCCAAGGCUAUUACCAACGAAGAAAAAGCUGUUGAGGGACCCAUUCCUCUUGUCCCCAAGACUAUCAUCAAGAAAGAAAACAAGAACGAUGGAGGUAAACUCACUAAAGAUGAAGAGCGUGCUGAAGGUAGUGUUACUUGGUCUGUUUACAAGACUUAUAUUUUUGCUUCUGGUGGCUAUUGGUUCUGGAUCGCUGUUCUUUUCUUGUUCUGUCUUUGUCAAGGAUGUGUUUUAGCACAAGAUUACUGGAUUAAAGUUUGGUCAGCUGCUUAUGGUAAUCAUCCUCAAGUUGAUGCUAAUGCUACUUUUGUCGACAACACUGCUUUUUCUGUUCUAGGCCAAAACACAGUGAUUCAAGUCUAUACUGAAGCCAUAAAAAAUCCCGCUCAACAAGUCGAUGUUGCUUACUAUUUAGGUAUCUAUUCUUUGAUUGGUGUUAUUGCUGCUGUUAUGACUGCAUUGCGUAUGGCUGUUCUUUUCAAUGGUAGCUUGAAAGCCUCUCGUCGUAUCCACAGUCAAUUGUUAGAGCGUAUCUUGCGUGCCAAAGUCAGAUUCUACGAUACCACUCCCUUAGGUCGUAUUGUCAAUCGAUUCUCUGCUGAUUUAGCUACCAUUGAUCAAGAAGUAGGUCCUUCUCUUUCCUUCUUGCUAUUCUCUGUUGUGGCUACUUUAUUUAUUGCCUUGCUUAUCUCUAGCGUGACUCCUGCUUUCCUUGUUCCCGGUGUUGUGAUUGCUAUCAUGUUCUCUGCUAUUGGCUCUUACUAUCUCAGUACUUCUCGUGACAUGAAGCGUUUGAAUUCUGUCAGCCGUAGUCCUAUCUAUGUUCAAUUCAAUGAAAGCGUCAAUGGUGUUGCUACUAUUCGUGCCUUUGGUUCUCAACAACGUUUCAUCAUUGAAAACCACAACAAGAUUGAUAGUAACAAUCGUCCUUUCUUAUGGAUGUGGGUUACUAAUCGUUGGUUGCAUUCUCGUGUUGAUUUGUUGGGUGCCUUUGUUUCCUUCUGUACUGGUUUUGUGCUUGUUCUUGGUCGUGAUUGGAUUGAUCCUGGAUUGGCAGGCUUGUCUUUGAGUUACGCUUUGACAUUUGUGCAUCAAAGUUUGUGGAUCAUUCGAAUGUACUCUGCUAAUGAAAUGAACAUGAAUGCUAUUGAACGUGUGCAUGAAUACCUUGAUGUGGACCAAGAACCCCCUACGCAUGUCCCUGAAACAGAGCCUAGUCCUCAAUGGCCCGAACAUGGUUCUGUGCAAGUCAAGGACUUGGUCAUGCAAUAUGCUCCUGAAAACCCUCCUGUGCUUCGCAAUGUGAACUUUACUAUCCAUCCUCGUGAAAAGAUUGGUAUUGUAGGCCGUACAGGUUCUGGUAAAUCCACCUUGGCCCUUUCCAUUUUCCGUUUCAUGGAACCUACACAAGGCAGUAUCUUGAUUGAUGGUGUGGAUAUCCAUAAGAUUGGUUUAGACUCCCUUCGCUCUCGAUUGACGAUUAUUCCUCAAGACCCUGUUCUUUUCUCAGGCACAUUGCGUAGUAACUUAGAUCCUUUUGAUCAAUACGACGACGCUCAACUCUGGGCUGCUUUAAAACGCUCUCAUUUGAUUGACGAACAACAACAAGACAUUACUCUUGACUCGCCUGUGACUGAAAAUGGGUCCAAUUGGUCUCAAGGUCAGCGUCAAUUGAUUGCACUUGCCCGUGCCUUGGUCAAGAAAACAGGUUUAAUUAUUCUCGACGAAGCUACUUCUUCUGUCGAUUUUGAUACCGAUCACAAGAUUCAACAGACCAUCCGUACUGAAUUUACCAAUUCCACCCUGCUUUGCAUUGCUCACCGUAUUCGUACCGUGGCUGAUUAUGACCGUAUCCUCGUACUCGAUCAUGGUCAAGUCAAAGAAUUCGAUACACCUUAUCAUUUGAUGACACAAGAAGACAGUAUUUUCCAUCAAAUGUGUAAGCGUUCAGGAGAAUAUGAAGACUUGUUAGCCAUUGCUACUGAAAAGCAUCAUCAAUCAUCUUAAUCAUUUUUUAUACAUAGAACUUAUUCAUUUUCAUAAUAAAAAGACAUUUUCACUUUUAA